AUGGCUCACGUGAGGCAGAGAUUUAUAUUUAAUGUUGGUGAAGGGUUUCAACGCUUCUGCAUUGAGCAUAAAAUCAAACUGUCGAAGAUUGAUCACAUAUUUCUCUCACGUGUCUGCUCAGAAACUGCUGGUGGACUUCCAGGAGUCUUGUUGACACAGUCUGGCAUAGGAAAUGUAGGAAAGGUCAGGGUAUGGGGUCCUGCAGAUCUCGACUAUUUAAUUGCUGCAAUGAAAUAUUUCAUCCCUGAUACUGCUAUGGAUCAUUUCUAUCCCUUUGGUCAAAGGCAUGAUUCUAAUGGAGAUGCUAUUUCCACAUCUCGGGAAAUUGAUGAUCCUCUUAUUAAUGAUGGUGUUGUCAAGAUAUCCGCAAUAGUCCUUCAACCAAGUCGAUUAGAUACUGCUUUGAAAGAGACAAAGUCUGCAACCCCUUCUGUAAUUUAUAUUUGUGAAUUGCAAGGAAUAAAGAGAAAAUUUGACGCCAAAAAAGCUGCUUCUCUUGGAUUGAAACCUGGGCCAAAGUAUGAUCUAUUGCAAUGUGGAAAAGACGUGAUGUCAGAUUGUGAAGAUACUGUGGUUCGCCCAGUGGAAGUACUUGGCCCUUCCAUUCCUGCCCCUAUAGUAUUGAUAAUGGACUGCCCUACGCCGUUGCAUUUACAAGAGUUACUGUCUGUACAAAGUCUUACUCGUUAUUUUGCAGAUACAGCUGGAAAUGUACCAGAAAUUUCGAAAAAUGUGAAUUGCGUAAUCCAUCUUAGUCCCACACACAUCACAAACACAUCUGAUUAUCAAAUAUUGAUGUCAAAAUUUGGUGCAGCUCAGCAUAUCAUGGCAGGGAAUGAAAUGAAGAAUAUUGAAGUGCCUAUUUUAAAAGCAAGUGCAAGAAUGGGAGCUCGACUUAACUACCUGUGUCCUCAAUUAUUUCCCUCUCCUGGUUUCUGGUCUCUUAAAUGCUUGCCUUCUGGAUUGAAGGCAUCAAAUGAGGAUCUCACAUCGGGAAUCAAUGAAACCAUUCCAGCAGAGAAUCUUCUUAAGUUCCAUUUGCGUCCCUACAAAAAUCUGGGACUUGAUAAAUCUGGUGUACCAAAAUUGACGCCCCCCUCAGCAAUUAUUGAUGAGCUACUAUCAGAGAUUCCGGAGAUUCUAAAUGAGUCUCAACAAUUAAACCAGUUGUGGUCAGGUAAUGGAGAAACUAGCAGAGAGAAGACAUUCGUGCCAGCUAAUAGAGUUAUGACCGAAGAGCCAUUGUUGCAUGAUAGUGCACUUCCAGGCUGUCUGGAAGAUGUAUCUAGAGAUGACAUGGAGAUCAUUUUUCUCGGGACUGGUUCAUCUCAGCCUUCAAAGUAUCGAAAUGUUAGUUCUAUCUUCAUCAAUCUUUUCUCGAAAGGAAGUUUGCUUUUAGAUUGUGGUGAAGGAACGCUUGGACAACUAAUAAGAAGGUUUGGUAUUGAAGGUGCUGAUGAAGCAGUAAGAUGUUUACGAUGUAUUUGGAUUUCCCAUAUUCAUGCAGAUCACCAUACGGGUCUAGCUAGGAUACUUGCUCUUCGAAUGAAAUUGUUGAAGGGAAUACCUCAUGACCCUCUGAUUGUUAUUGGCCCUGUGCAGCUUAAGGGAUAUCUUGAUGCAUACCAGAGACUUGAGGAUCUAGAUAUGCAGUUUCUUGAUUGUGAGUAUACGAAAGAAGCUUCACUCAAGGCUUUUAAUUCAAACGAGGAUGGAUAUACAAUUUCACUAGAGGGACAACGUGGUGAUUCUACUAUGUUUGAUGGAGGAGGUUUUAUGCAAAGCUGCUCAAAGAGGCAGAGAAGUCCUGUUCAGAAUGCUGCUGCCGUUCCAAUCCUCAAGUCCUUGAAGGAGGUCCUUGUGGAAGCUGGAUUAGAAACAUUAAUAAGUGUUCCUGUUGAACACUGUGAACCGGCAUUUGGUGUCGUAUUGAAGGCUGCGAAUAGGAUCAAUAGAGUUGGAAAAACGAUACCUGGGUGGAAACUUGUGUAUUCUGGUGACACAAGGCCCUGUACUGAACUUAAACAGGCUUCAUGUGGAGCAACAGUUCUUAUACACGAGGCUACAUUUGAAGAUAGCCUGUCGAAGGAGGCCGAAGAAAAAAAGCACAGCACUAUAAAAGAAGCCAUGGAAGCAGGCAACUCGAGUGGAGUGUAUCGCUUAAUCCUCACUCACUUCAGCCAACGAUACCCGAAAAUUCCUAAAUUUGAUGGAAAAAUUCCCAUGCAUAAAAUGUGCAUUGCUUUCGAUAAUAUGAGUGUUAACUUAGCAGAUUUGCCUGUCCUUCCAAGAGUAGUGCCAUCCCUAGAACUCCUGUUUGGUGAUGAGAAGAUUACCGAAGAUGUAACUGCUGCUUAG